AAGAAUUGAAGGAAGGCGAUCAAUGGCACAAAGCUGAAUGCGGUGGUCGCGAAGGCUUGGUUCCAGCUACUUACAUCAAAAUGAAGCCUCACGAAUGGUUCAAAGGGACGAUAACACAAGAAGAAGCAGAACAGAAUCUCAAGGACAAAAUAGCGGGAUCGUUUUUGGUUCGGCUUUCGGAAAGUACUCAAGGCGAUUUCGAGUUGUCUGUGAAAUGUCCAAAGGGUGACGUUCAACACUUCAAGAUACUCCGUGACGGAGGGGGAAAAUAUUUCCUGUGGAUAGUCAAGUUCAAUUCUAUCAAUGAGUUGAUCGAGUAUCAUAGAUCUUCAAGUGUCUCCCGAGAGGAAACUAUUCUUCUCAAAGAUCCGGAAGAAGGCCUCUUUGUUCGGGCACUGUUCGAUUUCGAAGCUAGGGAGACAGGCGAGUUGUCUUUGUCAAAGGGCGAUGUCAUAUUAGUCACAAACAAUACGGAUCAAUGGUGGUCUGGACUUUGCGUCAAAACGGGAGAAACUGGCUCUUUUCCGGCUAACUAUGUUGAAGAGACGGCAGCAGAAUAAAUUCGCCAUUUGCAACAAAAGAAAAAUGAUUUUUGAUAACCGAAAUUUGAAAUAUUCUGGAUCUAACGUUAAAUCAGCGGAACUAACCAUUUAUUUUUUAAGUCCAUAUGUAGAAACCGUUUCAUUAGUAAUCUCCAG